UCAAUGUUUGUAACUAUGCUGAUAGUAUAAAAUAAGUACACUUCAUCUAUGGCACACGUAUAACAAAGCUGGAAAUUUAGAAAGACUUUUAUGUAUGUAGAAAAAGAGGUGUAAUAUUUUCCUAUGAUUAAUUGGAGAAGGAAAUAAAAGGGACACAAUAUAUAAACAAUGAGUUGUGGUAUUAAGCAAGUGGGCAGUGGAGGACUCAUGAGAUGGGCCACCAUUGUUGCAGCAAACAGAAAGUUAAGAGAGGUCUGUGGUCUCCUGAGGAAGAUGAGAAGCUCAUCAGACAUAUCACCACUCAUGGCCAUGGCUGUUGGAGUUCUGUUCCUAAACUAGCAGGCUUGCAAAGGUGUGGAAAGAGUUGUAGAUUAAGGUGGAUAAAUUACUUGAGGCCAGAUCUCAAGAGGGGUACUUUUACUGAACAAGAAGAGAGAAUCAUCAUUGAUGUUCAUAGGAUCCUAGGCAACAGAUGGGCUCAGAUUGCCAAACACUUGCCUGGAAGAACAGACAAUGAAGUAAAGAACUUUUGGAACUCAUGCAUCAAGAAAAAGCUCAUUGCGCAAGGCUUAGAUCCAAACACUCACAAUCUCCUCUCUUCAAGCAACAGAACAGCAAACAAAGUACUCCCUCAUACCCACCACCAACAAAACACCUCAGUUUUCUCCAUAACUACUUCACAGACCAAUGAUAUGCAAACACCUCUUGUAACCCUAGUGCCACCUUCUGAUACUAACUCUAUCAACCAUAUUCCAAUCUCAUUGCAUGAAUACCAAAGCCCUAGUUUCGCUCCGACAACAAGAAAUCAAAGCGGGCAUUCGUUGAUGGAGUUUGCUAAUAGCACGGAUCAUCUGUCUCAUACCUUUCUCAUGUUAUCACGUCAAUACGGGACAAAGGGUUGCCCAGGGAGCGAGACAGAUGGCCCCAUACCAUUUGGUACUCGAUCUUCAAUGGAAACGACAACUGUUCCAUCUUCUUCGAUGAAUAAUCUAUAUGGGUUCGGGUUCAUUGAUGAGAAUUCCAUGUGGGGUAGUGAUUUAGAACACUUCGAUCCGACAAGAGGAGGGAUGGUAAUGCAACUACAAGAGCAACAACAUCCACAGCAAGAAAAGGGUUGUGAAGGGGAAGCUGAUAAAGUGAAUGAAUCAAUAAGCAGUGGCCAAAACAUGGGUACUUCAUUGAUGGAGAGUUCUAACUUUGAUUUUGAGUUUGUGGAGUCUGCACUUUUGCCUUGUGGAAUGUAUUGCAAUGUGAAUCCUAUGGAUCCACUUGCAUGGGAUUGUUAAUUUCACAUCCAUAUAUAUCUAUAUAUAUUCUUUGUUUUU